AUGGACUCAAUUUUAAACUUUGAAAAUGAUAUAGAUGUGACAUUGUUAGAUAGGAUGAUCGAUAGUCAGAAUGAUCCAAAAGUUGGAGUUGUUCUUAAUCAGUUCUUAAAUCACCAAUUGUCAUGGACGAGAAUCAAUAGUAUCCUAAGUAGAUCGAACAAUGAGAGAACCAAGUAUUUCGCAUUGAGUAUACUGGAGCAAGUCAUUAGAAAGCAAUGGAAGAAUCUACAACCAGAACAAAGACAUCCGAUAUUGAAUCAAUUACUUUGUAUUGUUAAUUUUAUACCGCAACAACAACAACAACAGCAACAAGCAAGUCAACAACCAUCGAAUCUACUGCGAAAAAAGAGUAAUUCACUCAUUGCUCAAUGUCUAGUAUCCGUCGUUGAAUCGACAAACACUUCCAACAGCAAUGCCAGUUCCAAUACGCUGGUCAACGAAUCGCUGAAUGCAUUGAAAGAGCAGAUGGAACUGGUAGACAGAUCUAUCCUACUGCAAUCAUUCAAUCUAAUCAUUGAGAGAAUGAUAUCUAUGCCUGUCUAUCGUGGAACCUGUAUAUUGCUAUUAAUUGAAUUCAUUCAAGUCAUUGGUGGAUCUACAUCAACAACAACAACAACAACAACAACAGCAAAUGAACAAUUAGUUAUAUUUGAAACGAUUAUUAAAUCAUUGACAAGAUUCAUACCAUCUACAUUCAAAGAGAUCAACCAAUUCUUUGUAAACAAUGUUAUGCAAUCAUUCUCAGCACUUAAAGAUACUAUCUUGCUCGGUAAUAGACAUAUAGUAUUACUAGGUUGGAUAAACGAUACUGCAAUAUCACAGGCAUGUCUUGAAUAUUGGAAGUUUAUGUUUGAUAAUUUGCGAGAUUUACAAUCAAAGGAAAUGUCAGAUAGUAUCGGUCAACUAAUAGAACCAAUAUCAAGAGUUAUCUAUAAGAUAUUGAAGAAUCAAGAUGUAGAGUUGAUAGAAUCAAGAGAGCUAGGUCCAGAAGCUGGUAUUCUCUUUAAGAACACUAAUGAUUCCACAGAUGAACAGUGGCAACCAAUUUCAACAUUACUAUACGAUGCACUCUACUCUAUAUCGACGAUCUAUUCAUCACAUCUACUUAAACUUUAUUUCGAUAAAUUACUAAAGUUUUUAUCUAAACAAGAUCUAUUUGUACCAAGUAAAUUUAGUUCAAUCGUAUGGUGUCUCGGUGUUUGUUUGGAGAGAAUGCAAAUCUAUUCGGAUAUCGAUAAUCUGUUGUCUUUGUUAUACAAAUCAAAAGACUCAAUCUCUGUUGAAUAUAGCAAUUUAGUUGCAAUUGCUAUUUUGUAUAUCAUUAGACACUCACAACAGUAUCUACAGUGUAAAGAUGUAAAGAUGGCACCAAUAUUAGAGUUAAUAUUAAACUUUAUCAAGACAGAGUCUGAAAAGACACAAUCACUCUCUGAAAUGAGUUGUCUUACUUUACUCUCGGUAUUUCAACAACGCGCAAGUCAAAUAGUAGCAGAGUAUAUGAAUAUACAUAUUACAUUGAAUGAAAUAGUACAACAACCAAAUAUAUCAAAACAAAAUCUUGGAUCAAAGAGAAUAGAAACAGAUGGUAUUGUUAAUUGGAUAUUAAACAUCAGUACUGUACUUCAAUACAAUAGUAGUUUAGCAAAGUCAUCUAAAUCAGCAUACUCUACACAAUUCAAUAGUAUUAUUCAGAGUUUAAUAGAGUUAUACAAAUGGUCAAAUCAAUUAAACAAUGAUGUAUCAUAUCAGAAUCAUCAGAUAACAAUUAAAAAGUCUGUUCUCGAUUUGUUGGAGGUAUACAUUCCCAGUAUGACCGAUGACCAAUUGCUUCACAAGUUGGUACCGUUGCUCGCUGUGAUGCUAGAGGACAGUAGAAUCAACCAAUCCAGUCAGCAACAAUUCAUUCCUAAAGGUCUACAGUUUUUGAGUGUACUUUGUGGUAGUCACGCCUCGUUGCUCUCACAGAAACCCGAUAUUACACUCUACGUCUUGAAAUACUUUAUGAUACCGGCAUUCGCUAUUUGUGCCGGUCAGAGUGCUCAUUCAUCUUCGUCGUCUACACACACCGUUCAUCUCAGACUGUACGACUUGAUGAGCACCAUUGCAACGUCGCCGAUCUUGAUGAUCAUCGAUCCCGAGACGCUUUCAAACUAUUUCAAAAUGAUUGAACACUCACUGGCCAACACGAGCAGCGAUGUACAUUCAUCGGCAAUGCAAGCACUCCUAAAGUACUACGACUCAGCAACACAACAACAUUUUACACCGGGUGCGAAAUCACUCAGUCCCAAAGCAGGCAGUGCUCAACUUAUACUCAGUGUUCCAGUCAAGAAUAUAUUCAUCGCUGUACUUUUGAAUUUAUUAUUAAAUCCAGAAUAUAAUUCAUCAUUAGAUUUAAUCUCACAAUGUAUAUAUAAAUUAGUGUUAUUGUCUAGAGGUGAUGGUAUUGAAGUUACUCAAGCAUUAAGACAAAGACUAACACCUGAACUCAAUAGUUUAUUCCGCCAACUCGCUUAUCAAUACGAUUUCGAUCAAUUCGAUUCUAUCUUGAAGAACUUCACUAGAAAAUAA